AUCGUUUCCGGGGCCCUUCUCCCUCUACCUCCUCGCUCGCCUCGCCUCGCCUGGUUGCUCCAGCUGAGUUCUUUCCCACCGCUGCUUCCCUCCAGAUAUAAACCCUAUCCCUCUCCUCCUCCUCACUUCUCACUCGGGGCGCGCCGAUCUCCUCGCCGCCCACGGAGCUGAUGGCGACCGCCGUGGCGUCGCAGCCGCGCCACCUGCCCCUCGGCGCCGGCGGCGACCCGAGGGCGGCCAUGUGCUCAGCCAGCACAUCGAAGAUCUAUUCCCUGGACAAAGCGUACGGCUUCAGGUUCAUGUGCAGAAGCGUUGUUGAUCCAAGGAGCCAAAGGCUCCACUCGCGCAUCUCUAAGCGGAAGUGCUACCUGAGGAGCCCACCCUCGGAAGUUGAGAAGAUCGUUCACAGUGCUAGGUGGUUAGAGUUCAGGAGGCAGCGGACACCCUUUCCGAGAGCUAGAAGGUCCGUCCACAGCAUUCCGCUGGCUUCUCGAGACGAUGGCAGCGGCGUGUCCGUUAAUGGGGUGCCGCAAGUUGAUCCAGCGAGUCAGAUGGGGGAAAUAAGGCUGCAAUUGGAUAAGGCGUUGCAGAAUGAAGACAUAAGCACUGGGCUUGUCCAAUCGAUACAUGAUGCUGCCAGGUCCAUUGAAUUGGCUUUCCUUGAUCACACCAAAUCAUUGUCAAGCUCUUGGUUCCCAAAGACAUGGCUUGGUGUAGAUAACAGUGCGUGGAUCAAACCACUUUCUUACCAGGCUGCUGUGGGCUCAUUACUACAAGCAGUCAUUGAUGUUUCAUCGAGGGGGACUGGCAGAGAUGGAGAUAUUAAUGUAUUUGUUCAGAGGAGUUUAUCCCGCCUUCUCAGCUCUCUAGAUGGUGUUAUCCAAAAUGAGUUGGCCAAAAGGGAACCUUCAUUAUAUCAGUGGUAUUCAUCUAAUCAAAAUCCUUUGGUGGUGAGGACAUUUGUGAACAUUUUUGAAAAUGACCCACGGUUUAACUCUGCGACAACAGUAUGUUGUGAAGUCAAGCCAAUGGAAACUAGGGAAAGUGACCUUUCUCUACUUAUGCUGGGUUUGUUCUGUCUUGCUGCUAUCACAAAGCUUGGAUCAGCAAAAGUUUCUUGUCAGCAGUUUUUCUCCAUGGUCCCUGAUAUUAUUGGUCGAUUCAUGGACAUGCUUCUUGAAUUUGUUCCUAUAAGUAAAGCAUAUACCUUGACGAAAGAUAUUAGUCUUGAGAGAGAAUUCUUGUGCAACUUUGGUCCUCGUGCUGCUGCUCCUAAGUUUGCUAAUGAUCAUGGACUUGAGAUAUCAUUUUGGAUUGAUCUGGUACAAAAACAAUUACUAAAGGCUCUUGACCGUGAAAAGAUAUGGUCAAGACUGACAACAAGUGAAAGUAUUGAGGUUUUGGAAAAGGAUCUAGCUAUAUUUGGUUUUUUCAUCGCCUUAGGCAUAAGUACACAGGCAUACCUUUCCAAACGUCUUACAGAUUCAAAUGAUUCAGUCAAUGGUAUUGUAAGGUAUCUUAUUGGUGGGAGCGUCCUAUAUUAUCCACAGUUGUCCUCGAUUAGCUCUUUUCAGUUGUAUGUGGAGGUUGUCUGUGAAGAGCUCGAGUGGCUUCCAUUUUACUACGAGGAUGUGCCAACUCCAAUAGUUGAAACAGAAGGCAGAGAAGAAAUGCUUAAAGGACAAGUAAUAUCAAGGGCGCUGAAUAUGUGCUCUUAUUGGAUGACUAGUUUCAUAAAGUACAGCUCAUGGCUUGAGAACCCUUCAAAUGUGAAGGCAGCAAGAUUCCUGUCUAAGGGACAUGCCAUGUUGAGCGACUGCAUGAUUGAGCUUGAUGUAACAAAAAACAAUAUGCCAAAAGACCGAAGUUUGCCAAAAAACGGAGUAUUGGUUGCUGGGACAGAGCUAGCUUCCAUUGACAAGUCGCUUGAAAGUGUUGAUGAAGCUUUGGUUAAGUUAGAAAAUUUGCUUCAAGAAUUGCAUCUUUCAAGUUCCAACUCUGGUAAGGAGGAUCUAAAGGCCGCAUGUUCUGAUCUUGAAAUGAUCAGAAGACUGAAGAAAGAAGCAGAGUUUCUUGAGGCUUACUUUCGAGCAAAAGCAGAAUAUCUGGAGGCUUCUGCUGCCAAGGUGGAUCAAAAAGACAUGCAGUCAAAUGACAUCCGACGCUUCGAACAGUUGAGACAUGAGUUGAUCGAGUUAGAAAGAAGAGUGCAGAAGAGUGCAAAUGAUUCUAAAAAAGAGGAGUUCCAGGAAAAGGGUGUUCCAGAUGAAACAAUAGAUGCUUUUGUGUCAUCGCCUCUUCUGUCAGAGCCUUCUGGUCCAGUUAUCAAGAAAGAAAGUUUUAUUACCAAAACAGUAGAGAAGGUUAAAGACAGUACAACGAUUGUGUUGCAAGGGACACAACUCUUAGCAAUUGACACAGGAGCUGCUAUGGGUUUACUGAAAAGAUCUAUUAUUGGGGAUGAACUGACUCAGAAGGAGAAGCAGGCUCUUCAGAGAACCCUGACGGAUUUGGCAUCUGUUGUUCCAAUAGGAAUACUCAUGCUUCUACCUGUUACUGCUGUUGGGCAUGCUGCUAUGUUGGCUUUCAUCCAGAGAUAUGUGCCUUCCAUGAUCCCCUCCACAUAUGGCCCCGAGAGGUUAUAUCUUCUCAGGCAGCUUGAGAAAGUGAAGGAAAUGGAAUUGUCUGAAGGCAGCAGCGAAGAUAUGUCUGGCACAAUUAGUUCAAGAGGUGACCAAGUGAAAUAAGCUAACCAUGUACAGGUGGACAUAAGUAUACUUCUGAUCGUCUUUUCUGUAAAGAAGAUAUACUCUCAAAUAGGUCCUCUUUCUUCGGACACUUCAAACUUGGAAAAGGUUCAGUUAUUCACUUCAAGAAGCUGUUCCUUUGUAGCGCGUUGGCCUGGUGUUUUGAACAAGAUACAGGAGGGAUUCGUUUCAUUCUACUCAUAAAAGAUUCUCUCAGUGGCAUGCUGAUGGAAGUAGAGCUUCAAAGGUUACAGUGGUUAUAACCAAACAAUGCAUGGAUAUACGCUGAAGGACAAUCUAUCCUGAAGUUGUGCUUUUGUAGAUCUUUGUUAAUAUUUCAUAGUUACAACUUACAAGGGUGAUAUGUGCCCACUCAGCAUAGAAGAUCAAUGUCCAAGCUCCUUUUGGAUAAUGUCUGUGUAGGGUAGAGAUUUUGAUAGAGGAUUGAAAACCAAGCUAGAUACUGGUUUAUCACAUGUUCUCGUCAUUCAUGUAACCCCAUGUAUAUCUCUAUUUCUCCCUUCUCCAUUUGUGGAGAAUUGUUCUCAUGUAACCUAAUGCCAGAUUCAGGGCUUUGAUUGACCUUCCA